UUCUCAUUUUGUUUUUAAUUUAAAAAAAUUAUUUUUCUUUUUUCAAUUAAAUUAUCCAACUCCCUUUCCCUUUUCAAUGUUUUCCAAAAAAAUGUUAUUUUAUGUUUUUAUUUUGGUUUAUGCUUCAAGUUUUGGGUUGAGUAAUGGAGAAAGUGAAGAAAUUAUAGCUAAAAAUGGACAUCCAGGAUUGCCUCGGUCACCUAAAAAUGAAAAACCUUCCGAAAAAGAAAAGAAAGAACCUUCCGAAAAGUCGAAAAAUUCUGAAACUUCUGAGGAACCAAUCAUCCAAUUGCCAAAUAAUUAUACAAACAUUACUAAUCCAAAAGUCAACGAAUCCGAUUAUGGACCCAAUGGAGAUUUUAAAAUUUAUACCCCAAUUCAUGGCACUGGAGAUGUUUCUGCUCUUCGUCAAAUUUUGUUUAGAGAGGAUCCACGUUUAAAUGGAGGAAAAGUCCCCUUUGCCUUUCAAUUUUGUCCGCCUGCUGAACCUAAAAACGAAACUGAAACUAAAUGCAAAAAUUCAACUGCUGGUUAUUUGGUUUGUUAUGUGGGCCAGCUUGAUCCUGAACGUAAAGAUGGAAUUGCUGUUAAAUAUGCUGUAAAGAACAAGAACACCGAUCCAAUUUUUAAAGAAUGUACCGAUAAAUCACUCAAAUCUAAAAAUGCUGCUAAAAAGGAAGGGAAUGAACCGGACUACGAUUAUUGGAAUUUUGCUGGACCUAAACAUGGACUCUUGGUUAAAUACUUGUCAGGCGGCAAUUUUAGCUUUUCAGCCAGUUAUCUAAAGGAAACGUACACCUACAGUGUUGGAGAAGGCAAUUGUUUGUUGAUGCGUCUGUUUGAAAAGAACACGUUUCUGACUGGAUUUUAUGCAACCGGACCUAACGCUUCUGAAAACGGGAUAUAUCCAAAUGAAGGAAAAUUAUAUAAUCAAGAAUUUGUUAAAUUUGCUAAUGGAUUGUUAAUUGAAGAUACUAAGUUGGUUGGACCUUGGUUGUUGGGAGCGGAUGUUUUCCUUCGUAAUCAAUCGAAAUUCCAACUUUCAACAUUAAUUACUGGAGAUGAAGAAUGUGCCCCUAGCUUUUCUUAUUUGUUGAGUAAAUAUGCAGGCAUACAUUCGAACGUUGUGCUUAACACGAAUUUAAAAAAACAUGUCGGAUCUUCACUAACUAUGUAUGGAGUCUCAACCUUCGAUAGCUUCGAAUUUCAUCACAACCUGACAUUAACAAAAAAUGAUACAAAUUGCUUGGAUAAAUUGGAAAAAGGAAGUGAAACAAAGGAUUGUAAUGCUUCUUGUGAUAAAAUCAACUUCUCCAAUGCGUAUAUACUUAAUUAUGGAAAUAAUGACAAGGAUUGUGCUUUUAAGUUAUCCCACAUAAACAACUGCAGUUGCUUGGAGGUGAUGAAUGGAUCACUUAAAAGUUAUGUCAAAGGCGAGAACGGAUCUGUGGAAAUUAAAAUUGUGCGAGAUAAACUCUCCCAUGGCAAUAAUAAUUUUACACUCUUACCAAAAUGCGCUGCCAAAAAUAUUCCGAGAGAUGAGUUUAAAUCUGUUAUUGGCACCGAUCAGCCAUUUGUUUUUAAACUUUCCAUCAAAAAUCAGAAUAGCACAUGUCUUGGAACAGACCCAUUCAACUUUCGCGGAAGUUACAAAAAGCUUUUGACCAAUUCAUUUAUGCCAGAAGACCUUUCAGAUACUAAAGAAUACCUUCAUUUUGAGGAGAGCAACGACAACAAGGAAAAGAAUGAAUAA